UCGACGACGACUUGCCCCUCAGCGGCACCAACGGACACGCGCCCGCCCCCGAGUCUGCCCCCUUAUCAUCUUCGAGGAAUCGGGUGGGAGAGAAUGGUGGAGACGGAGUCUUGCGCGAAGGUUCAUCAUCCAUGGGUGAACGUGAUUUUGUUGAUAAAGACAAGCUGAUACUAAGGGGCUUGCAGUUUCAUGGAUUUCAUGGUGUGAAACUGGAGGAAAAGAAGCUUGGUCAAAAGUUUGUGAUCGAUGUGGAUGCUUGGAUGGACUUGAGCAAUGCUGGUAAAUCUGAUGACAUUUCUGACACAGUCAGCUAUACUGCUAUUUAUCGGAUAGUGAAGGAAGUGGUAGAGGGUCCGUCUCAGAAUCUGUUGGAGUCGGUAGCUCACUUGAUUGCAAAUACCACGCUACUUCAAUUGCCUCAGAUAUCUGCUGUGAGAGUGAAGGUGGAGAAGCCUCAUGUGGCCGUUCGUGGCACCAUCGACUACUUGGGCGUUGAAAUCCUUAGAUACAAAGAAGCGUCCUCUGUGGAUUAAGAGGCUCUGCCAAACCAUGAAUGUGCUGAUGAUGACGCGAUCGGUCCUUAUCGAAAGGUAUGCGUGUCUGUAUCUAUUAUAUCAUCGAACAUGUAUUUGACUUGCUGGCCACGCACGUAGGGGUCCGGUGCGGAAGUUGCUGCAUUCCGUGUAAAUAAACUCUCACGGUUCCUUCUUGUACUUGUGAAACCUUUUACGAAUCCGUACGUCGACAUA